UUUUUUUUUUAUUUCCCGCAAACUUCCCGGUGGAAACGAGCUCGUAGUCGCUUGUCGGACGAACCCGGAAGUGUGGCCCAUGUGUUGUGUCAUGUGCAGUCUGUGUCACAGCCACAGUUUGGUUUGACGAGUGAUGAUGUCACCUGCAGCUUCACAUCCUGGUUCACGUCUGUUCGCUCCGACAUGAAACGAAGAGGCGCCUACAGGUUCCUGUCGGUGUUCUCCUGCUUCGUCGUCUGCGCCUUCUUGUUUUUAUUUUGGUUCUUCAUAUUUUACUCCAUGGUGCAGGCACCGUGAAGUAAAGAGACACAUUUCUGCCGCGGUUUGCUAACCUGGGAUAGCCCGACGAGCUAAUUACCCACACUGCACUGCUUUAUUGACAACAUCCCCGGCUUGUCACAUGAUCACCCUAACCAGGAAGUCAAGAUUUUCUGAUUACACAGCCAUCAAGAAACCUACAGUUGUUUCAUUGCACAAUUAGAACCCUGGUAGUAAAGUUGUGAUGGCGUCUGACACCAGUGGAGCAGCGUCCUCUGCUGCGGACCUCAAGCUGCAGUUUGCUCCCUUCAGCAGCGCCCUGGAGGCAGGUUUCUGGCACCAGCUCACUCAGAAGAAACUCAAUGAGUACAGGCUGGAUGAGAGCCCAAAAUGUAUCAAAGGCUACUACUACAAUGGUGACCCCGUUGGUUUGCCCACACGCCUGACUUUGGAGUUCAGUGCAUUUGAUGCGGAUGGUCCCACCCCAGCCCAUUGCUGUCCAGCUAUUGGAACUCUGUAUAACACCAACACACUUGAUGCCUUUAAGACGACUGAUAAGAAGGCUCUGCUAGAGAAAGAGGCCAAAGAGAUAUGGGAUGACAUCCAGUCUGGAGCUGCGUUGAAGGACCCAUCCAUCCUCUCCAGAUUCAGUCUGUUGACCUUUGCAGACUUAAAGAAGUACCACUUUUAUUAUUGGUUCUGCUUCCCUGCACUCUGCUUCCCGGAGGCAAUAAAGAUGAUCCAGCAGCCUUCUGUCCUCGAGCAAGUUUUCUCAGCAAAACAGAUCGCAGCCUUGCAGGAGGCCUAUGACGCCCUGGGGAUCAAAAGAGGAACCAGUGCUGUUCCUUAUUUCCUAAUGAAGUACACAGAUGACACAGUUCAGCUGGCUCCCCUUGGGGACUGGGAUACUUUCUUCACUGAGGGGUCUAAGCUGGACACAGUGGAGGUGCUGUGUUUCAGGGACAGAACUCUUCAGGGAAGCCGCUCCAUUCAGCACAGCUUAAUCUUCCAAGUCAAACUACCUGAACUUCCCGUCAACUCAGCAUGUCCUAAGAGCGUAGGUUGGGAGAAGAACCCUAAGGGUGCCAUGGGACCCAGGAUGGUGAACCUAAGUGAAUGCAUGGACCCUAAAAGACUUGCAGAGUCCUCAGUGGAUCUGAACCUGAAGCUCAUGAGAUGGAGGCUAGUUCCUUCGCUGGACCUGGAGAAGGUGGUCAACACAAAGUGUCUUCUUCUGGGAGCUGGGACUCUGGGCUGCAAUGUAGCCAGGACUCUGAUGGGAUGGGGAGUGAGACACAUCACAUUUGUAGACAACGCAAAGAUCUCGUACUCUAAUCCAGUUCGGCAGCCGCUCUACGAGUUUGAAGACUGUCUCGGAGGAGGGAAGUCCAAAGCCAUGGCCGCUGUCGACCGACUCACCAAAAUCUUUCCAGGGGUGAAUUCAGAGGGCUACAACAUGAGCAUCCCCAUGCCCGGUCACCCAGUGAAUUUCUCUCCGGACACUCAGGCCCAGGCCCAGAGGGAUGUCGAGCAGCUGGAGAAACUCAUCUCCGAACAUGAUGUGGUUUUCUUACUGAUGGAUACGAGGGAGAGCCGCUGGCUGCCGACAGUGAUAGCUGCCAGCAAGAGGAAGCUGGUGGUGAAUGCUGCUUUAGGCUUCGACACGUUUGUGGUGAUGCGCCAUGGGCUGAAGAAACCCCCUGUCAGUCAGAAUGUUUCUGCAGGCGCAGACUCUUCCCCUUCCUGUUCUUCUGCCUCCUCUUCAUCCUCCACACCAGCCGGCUCUGCGCCCUCCUGCCCAGGAUCCUCUCUGUUCUCCAACAUCCCAGGACACAAGCUGGGCUGCUACUUCUGCAACGAUGUUGUGGCACCAGGAGAUUCGACCAGGGAUCGGACUCUGGAUCAGCAGUGCACAGUCAGUAGACCAGGUCUUGCCAUGAUUGCUGGAGCCCUGGCUGUUGAGAUGAUGGUGUCCAUUCUGCAGCACAGUGAAGGCGGCUAUGCAGUGGCAAGUAGCAGUGACGACCGAAUGAAUGAACCUCCCACUUCUCUGGGUCUUGUGCCACAUCAGAUCCGAGGUUUUCUCGCGAGGUUCGACAACGUCCUUCCUGCCAGCCUGGCCUUCGACAAAUGCACCGCGUGUUCACCCACUGUCCUGGAUCACUAUGAGAGGGAAGGUUUUAACUUCCUGUCCAAAGUUUUUAAUUCUUCCCACUCUUUCCUGGAAGACCUGACAGGGCUGACAUUGUUGCACCAGGAGACGCAGGCAGCAGAGAUUUGGGACAUGAGCGACGACGAGAGCAUCUGAAGGGCGAACAAACCAACGGACUGGACUGUGGCCUCCACGUUUCUGUCUGGUCCUCCUCAAUAGAUCUCAACAUUCACAAAGGACAAGUGGAGUGAAAGACUCGCUGAGGGCUUUGUGGACGACACUGAACCCAACCAUGAAAUUUACGUCAUCACAACCAAGAACAUUACAACAUUGAUGCUGAAAUUAAAAUUCCAGUUCGUCUUUAUUUGGAUUCAAGACCAGAAAAAAUAGAACAAAUAGAAAUUCAGAGGUGGGUAAUAGUUCAAUUAAAAAUGAUACGAACAGUUAAAAAAUUUGAUUUUUUUUACUCCUGUUAAUUAAUCACGUACUUAAAGGAAAUGUAUGAUGCUUUGUUCUGUGUUUUUUUUGGUUGUAUGGUUUUUUUUUUUGCGUUUGUCUCCUCCUUCUUUUAGUUUUAGGCGGAUGGCACCAACAUCAUGAUGUCACGUGACCUCUCGAUGCCCCACAUAAUGCACAUGUAGUCUGUUAGUCUGGCAUGUUCCAGAACAAAGCCAGGUGAAGCGAACGCGGAGGGCUGACAUUUCCUACAAUGGUUGAUCAAUCCCAACGGAGGGGCCAAUCAGAGCCCAGAUAAAGCCUCACAGGGAGUGUUUCAGACAGAGGCUGAGCGGAGGAGCUGAUGUUUGAGGACAGUUUAUUUGAAUCUGAACGUGAGCAGAAUACGUCUCCUUCAGUCACAUUCAUUCGGAAUCAGCUCGAUUCCUUGAGCUAAAACACAAAACACUCCACAUUUCCACUUAUUGACUUUUCUGAGACGGCUUCAGUGAACAGUCGCAGGUUGAGUCUCUCCGUCAGCACAAGUACUGGAUUUGCUGAGGAGCCGUUUUUUUUGGAAGGACUUUGACAAACUACAUCUGCUCACUCACUCAGUUUGAGCUUCAGAUGAAUUAUGAAAACCCAAAACACGGUGGACAACUCAGCACAUCCAUCCGUCUCCCCGUCUGUGAUACAUACAGUUGUUAAUACUUAAACCAGCAUCACUCUUGAGGAAACGUGCACAGAUGUGACUGAGCAGCAACACAACAGUGGCUCCUGAUACAGAAAAUAUUUACUCUUGCUUCAGAAAAAACCUGGAGAAACUUAAGCGCUUCGUUACGUAUGUGUUGACGCAUGCAUUUGUUUUUUUACUCUGUGCUGAUCUGCUGACGUGUGUAAUAAUUUCAGUGUUAAGAAACGUAUACAACAGCUACUUAAGAACAAGGAUUAGUGGAAUGAGAAGCUUGGAAAGCUUGAAGGUUGGAAAUAAACAGAAUAAUUAAAUAUAAUCCCACAAUUUAAGACUUUUACCUCCAGAUUCAUUGUCACACGUGAGAUUAAACUCAGGAUUCAGACUUUUGUUUCCAUAAUUCUUAUUUCUCAGUUUUUGUUUUUUUUACCUAAUUCUCAUCUUGAAAUAUUUCACCAAAAACAGGGAUGAAAUGUGUCUGUUAUUAAACUGUUAACACCA